AUGUUAUUUAAAUUUAAACAUCGUUCAGCAAAUAUUCGUUUUGACUUAGUGCAUGUUGUUGCAUAUAUUCGUAACCUUGUAUUAUGGGUAAAACAACUGAAUUUGUUUAAAUCAGCUAAUAAUCGAUCAGCAGAUAAUAUUAAACAACAACGUAUUACAACGCGUCUUUAUUUGAUUUUGUUUUCGGGAACCAAUGAUACAAAUUUUCCCUAUUUUGAAAAUAGAUUAUGGGCAUCAAGUGAUAGUGUACUAAAUCUUGUACUUAUAAUUAACCAAAAGCUCUAUCAUCGGUAA